CCUACCCCACCGGCUCCCAGAACAAAUCGAAGACUGGCUCAUCAACUACCGCCGGCGCGGGUGGCACAAGCGCAAGUUCGAGAUCUACUCGGCGCGGCUGCGCGACGCCCAGGCCGAGUACCGCGAUGCGCUGCACCGGGCGCGGGACGCCGCGGCGGCGGCGGCGGCGGGGCGCGGGGACGAGCAGGCGCGCCUGGCGGCCGAGGCCCACGUGGCGCUGGUCGAUGCGCGGGUGCAGGCCGCCGCGCUCCAGGAGCAAAAGGCGAGGCGGGAGUGGCAGGAGCAUGAGAGCAAGAAGGGCUCGCAUGGGCAUGGGCUUGGUGGGGCCGCGGAAGGGGGGAAGGGGGAAGGUGGCGGGGAGAAGUGAGUUGACUUUGGUGAGCGAUUUGCCCUUUCUAUGUAUGUAUUUUUUGUGUUCUUACUUGUGUGGCCUUUUUCUUUCUCUGGGAGUUGGCUGGCCCCGGAAAGAAGAGAGGGUUGGCUCAGGCCCGGCAAACUGGGUGAGGCGUUUGCGUGGGGCCCUUUUUUUUUUUUCUCUCUCUUUGGGCCUCUGUACGAGUAUGGCUGGCGAGAGCGACGCUAAGAUGGGCGGCUCCAGAGUACAGGAUGGUACAAGUACGACGGGACGGCGUUACGAACCAUGCUGUAGUGUAAUGUAAUGAUAGACAUCAUUGUCCGGGGCAGUUUGCACCGCAACGAAACAGCAGCGUGCUCUUGUCAAUGAACAGAGCAUGGUGUGGACGGCAAGCUGGUGUUCAACAUGGUCAAAACUUGGGGCAACACCUCGUUCGCGGUUCAAAUUGAUGCCAGACGUCAGG